UCUGCACUGAAUCUGGAUGCAUGGAAAACAUCAAGUGCUGGACAGACUGGAUGACUGGACCGUGACAACCCAACUGGAACUGGAGACUGGGAGACUGUCAGUGACCUGAAGACGGAGUACCCCAACGCUAUGUGCCCCAAUGCCACUGCCAUCGAGGUGGCAACUGUGGAUGGCAUCAGCCUGAAUGAUGCAGGCAAUGUGUUUCAUGUGAAUGAUCACAUCACUGGGCUCAUCUGUAAUGAACGCAGAUCAGGAGAAAUGCUUCUGCCGGGACUACAAAGUCCGUUUCCUCUGCCACCCUCCAUACUGGGCUGACCUGCAAAACAUGUGCUGGACACCGUGGUUUGACCGUGACAAUCCCGGCGGUUACGGGGACUGGGAGACGCUGACGGAACUGUGGAAAGAACACCCUGGUCAGAUCUGCGCCAAUCCCAUCGCCAUCGAGAGCAGGACUGUGGACACAGACACUCCUGCGACCAUUACUGGUCAAGACUUCUCACACAUAUAAAAAAGAACGGCAGUCCACUCCAUUUCACAAAUACAGGGUGUCUUGGGCAGUACAUGUCCACACAGUGUCCUUAUUCUGACUUACAGAGUAACUGAGAUUUCACCUGCCUUUCACCAUGAUCCUGCUGGUAGUGUGUGCGUUGGUUGCCGUUUCUUUGGCACAAAUAAAACCUCUGCCGGAACUGACCAAGCCUUCAUACAAUGAACACAUCAAGUGCUGGACAGACUGGAUGGACCAUGAUGACCCAACUGGAACUGGAGACUCGGAGACUGUCAGUGACCUGAAGACGGAGUACCCCAAGACCAUGUGCCCCAACCCCACCGCCAUCGAGGUGGCAAGUGUGGAUGGCAUCAGCCUGGCUGAUGCAGGCAACGUGUUUUAUGCGAAUGAUCACAUCACUGGUCUCAUCUGUAAGAACGCAGAUCAGGAGAGAUGCUUCUGCCGGGACUACAAAGUCCGUUUCAUCUGCCACCCUCCAUUCUGUGGCACAGAGAAAAUGUGCUGGACAAAGUGGUACGAUCGUGACGAUCCCUCCGGUACGGGUGACUGGGAGUUACUCACCAACCUGCAAAAUGCGAACCCUGGAGAGAUCUGCGCCAAUCCCAUCGCCAUUGAGAGCAGAACUGUGGACACAAACAAGCCCGCGACCUUGACUGGCGAAGACUUCCUCCACUACUCUCCGACGACUGGGCUUGUAUGCCAGAACGGGCCCAAACAAGACUGCCGGGACUACAAAGUCCGGUUUGGGUGUCCUUGUUGAGGAAGAACUGGCUGUUGGAAGGAUGAGUCUCCCACUGAGGACCCAAGGGUUUGAUUGACCAUUAGUACAUGCAUUAAAGUGGACUUCCCACACUGGUGUAGCAGUGAUCUGUGUUGAUGAGAUGUAUUUCUGUAACAGCAAUGACAGCUGUUGUUAUUGUGCUGUCUUGAUCAUUUAAAAGUCAACAAGCAUGUGAAGUAAAAAUAAAAGUAGCAUGA